AUGUACUGGACUGAAUCAAUUGGCAUGUCUUUUACCUACUUCUGAAGCUCCAGUCACUUUGAACACGAACCAGCCGUUGAAGACGGAUUUUUGAAUACGCUGAGAGACGAAUCGCUUCUUCCGCGGUUCCCCGGGAAUUCAUCAAGACCAUCUUCCUCCCUGCACUCAAUUGACCAUGGACCAACAAAAGAUGAUGGACGUGUGUGCUUUAAUGCAAUUUAGGUAACAAUGUCUGAGCCAGAUGGGUUGCCAUGGCAAUCCACAGAUUUUGUGUGUGUGACAGUCCGUGCAGUAAUACAGCGCAGUCAAGGAUAGCCGGGGUUGUAAUCGGAAAGGCUUCAUAUCUUGUCAUUUUCAUUCAGGUUUGGACUGUUCACCUUUUACGUUCCGUGGUGGUAUGAAGAGCUACUAUCGGAUGCUGUAAUUAUCUAGUUUCUUCUCUUGGAGCAACCAGCUGUGCGUGUGUGUGGUCUCACAGUUUACUCUCUGACUCGAAGGUUUCUUCUCUUUUUUUAUGAAUGAUUUUCAAGUUGCGUGUAGCUCAUCAGCAUCACUCCGGUGUGUGGCUGCCUCACACUGUGAGAGAGCAGUUGUUACUGUAACCAGUACUAUGUGCACUUGCUGUGAAUGCAAGUGAGGCGACCAAGCUUUGUCGCACUCUGGAUUUACCAGCUGAUGGACAAAAUUGUCUUGAGGAGAAGGAGGAAGAGAGGCGUACUAGGUCAGAGGUAGAGUGCUUGCAUUACUCUAUCUUGGUGAUUUUAUAUUACACCAACUGCAACCUGAGUGUAAUUGCUUUAUUUGAUCAAGUGGAAUUACAAGACGACUUCCAGUGUUGUACUUUUUUUUAAAGUGCUUUGCUUGCUGGCAAGCUUUAUAAAAGACACUCUUUCUCAUUCAAGAAGCCGGUGGACAAUCUCUGAUUUCUUUGUACUGCAAAAUUGAACCAUAAGAGAAUAUCGCUGUGAUUCAACGUGAAGUUUGAAAGGAUUUUCAGAAAACAAUAUUUUGUUGCCAUCCCAAAAGUGACUCUUGGAGUGAAAUCAUAUGAAGUCAUUUCAUCAUCAAACGUUCUAGGAACUACGGUUGUGGUUUUUCACAGCGAAGAAAGUGGAUAAAGGUUUUGUGAUUUCUGAAUAUUUAUGCAGCACAGACUCAUUGUUUUUGCACUUAUACUUUGCAUACCGGAUCAAGUGGCCUGCCAGCUGUGAGCAAUCAGUGUUUCCACCAGUAGCAACCAGGUUCCCUUCUCGUGAACUCCAUCCUGUAGGGGGGAUAUAUAAAUUGUUCACAGUGCGUGUGUGGUGUUGCCAGCACAGGGCUUGCCGGCGAUAGGCCCGGCCUCAAUGCAUGCAAGUACCUGCACCCAUCGUCUGUCAUCUGUCCAGGCAUCUUGUCACUGUACUUUAGCAACAUGCCGUCCCCGUCCACGUAUCCGAGUCAGGUUGUCAUCCCCGAGGUGCAGGUGGAAUUCAUGCCAGAUAAUGAUUUCAAAGAUGCGGCCCUGUCAGAUGCAGAGUCUGAAGACUCUGCCUACAUUCAGGAACAUAUUAGGAAGUAUUCAAUAUGUUCCUUGGAGAGUACGCGGCGAAUGCUGCAAAUGUCAGAGGAGAGUAAAGAAGCUGGGAUCCGGACUCUUGUUAUGUUGGAUGAACAAGGAGAGCAACUUGAUCGAAUUGAGGAAGGAAUGGACCAGAUUAACGCUGACAUGCGAGAAGCAGAGAAGAAUCUCACUGGAUUGGAGAAAUGCUGCGGACUGUGCGUCUGCCCAUGGAAGAAAUUCAUGGGUUUUGAGAAGGGAGACGACUACAAGAAAACAUGGAAGUCUUCUGAGGACGGCAAAGUCAACUCCAAUCAGCCGAUGCGGAUGGAGGACAACCGCGAUGGCAGUGGGAUGCCCUCAACCUACAUUACAAGGAUAACAAAUGAUGCUCGCGAAGACGAGAUGGACGAGAACCUGCAACAGGUUAGCGGUAUUGUGGGUAAUCUACGCCACAUGGCCAUCGACAUGCAGAGCGAGAUCGGAUCUCAGAAUCGACAGGUGGAUCGCAUCAUUGAUAAGGGUGGAUCCAAUGUUGAUCGUCUUUCUGCUGCUAACGAGCGUGCCAGUAAGCUGCUGAAGUGAGCAGGUUCAAGCUCUGGGGGCUUCAUCCUUAAUACCUACGUCUAUUCAUCAUACCAGCACUCGCUUCCAUCUCUGCAUGGGUUCAUCUUCAUCUACUGAGGGUUUUUUUCUUUUUAAAUUUUGUUUCUCCAUCGUUAUUAUUUGUUAUCGUGAUUUAAAAAAGGGUUGGUUAAACGUGGUACUACUCAUAACCACUAACUAAAUGAACAUUUAGUUUAUUUUAUACCUCUUUUUUUUCAUUGUAUGUGUGGGUUUUUUUUUAGUGUAAGAUGAAUUUCUUGCAAAUUGAUCAACACUCCUCUUCAGUAUGGAAACCAUCUUUUGGAGAUUCUGGGGAAAAAAUUCCCCUCAAUUUCUUGAUGUUAUUAAUAAAAAUGUUGUCAAGUAGUCAAAACGGUUUCCAUCUGUAAGAAAUUAAUGGAGAGAUUUAUGCUAGAAUUUCUAUACAGAAAAGGGGGGGGGAAAUUCACUAAGAAAAGGAAUAUUGAUGACCAAAAAUAGGAGCAGAUUUUAAAUUGAUUUGACGUGAAAUUCAAUACAGGAAGCAUUAAGGUAGCAGGAAGGAACGCCAAGUUAUAUCGGUUAAUUUGCUCCAAUUGUGUUGAAAAUGCUGGUGACCCAGAUAAUGCAGCUUUUAGUUGCACCUAUUUAUUCGCCAAAUCGGGAACAUGGUUUUAUGCCAUAAUAUACUCGCGAUUUAUCCGGGAGUUUGGUUUAUCCACAAAUUUCUUUUGGUGUCUGUGGGUUUUCUCCUGGUCUUUUUCUCCUUCUCACUAUUAAGUGCACACAAGCCAUCUUCUGUAAUACUUCACACGCUGCAAUUAUCCUAGCAAGUACUUUCAAAAAUAAAUUGCUGAAGAUCUAUUUUUGAUGCAUAGUACCAGGCUGAGAGAAUAACGGAGUAAUGGUAUAUUAUAAAGCAGUAGGCAGUUGGCGUCACCCUGCAUUAGGUUAUCAUUGCAGAGAACAGUAUCUAAUACCACUGCUACAGUUGGACGGGAAACAACAAUUAGGCUUGUUAAGUACAGCCUCAAUUUAAUAUGCAAGUUUUAUCUCAUACUGCGCUUAAUUUGUAGAGAAACUUAAAAUGGUUUUUGGGGUUGGUUUAUAUUGAAAACUUAAAAUGGGACAAAAAGUGGGACAAAAUUCACUUGGUCUUUUUUUCCCUCUGCAUUUUCUCCAUAUGCAACUCGCUCUGAGAGUACGUUCCCAAAGUGUUAGCUACCACCGGGGGGAAAAGAACCAAACUCUUUUCCAAAUAAUAUUCUUAUAAAAGAAGAAAACAAGUUGACUUUUGUAUUGGAGCACAUCUCUUAUCUCUUUGCAAUGGAGAGAAAUCAGUAUGGUUGAGCUGUGGGGCUGGACCAAGAAGUUUUUUUUACUUACACGCGUUCCUUUACACUCAGCUGCCAUUUGCAAAAAUGAACCAAAAUGUUAAAGUCAAGACAACCAUUAUUUUGGUUUCAUAAUAAAUGUUCCCCACUUGACAUCACACAGUGUAAAAUCUGUCAUUUAUUACAGGCAAUGAUACAUUAUUUUUUUAUUGGAGAAUUAUCCAAUAACUAUGCAUAAAUACCAUGUGCGGCACAAGGAAGUUUCAUUAAGUUCAACGCAUGAUUUGGUUGGAGAAUCAAAACCAAAACCCAAAUUUACGGUCAGAGAGAUGACAUUCAAUUUAAUAGCAAAAAAGUUACUGUGAAUAUUUUGGAUGUAGUUCUCACAUGAUAUAAUAAUGCUGGGUGGCUAGCGCAGUUUUUUUCCACUCGGCAGACCAAUUGAAUAUUAUUAUCAAAAUCAUCAUUCAGUUUGUACUAAUCAAUAAUAACCCAUUCCCAAACAUCCAUAGUAGUGUGUGGAAGCUCCAAGUCUCUCAUACUUGUCACGGCCGGGGGGGGCAAUGUCAAAAAGAAUUUGAGCAGAAAAUACACUUGUCGACAAGCGGCUAAUGGGCACGAGAUUUAAUUAAAAGCGGGUUUACUAAAAUCAAAACACAAUGAAGAACUUGAUUAGCAAAACAACAAAUUGCUCAUUAACCUUAUCAGUGAAAUUGCCUGCUGGCUUUGAAGGUGUAAUGGUUUUAUUUGGAACGUUCAUUAAGAAUUUCACAAUUCUGAAUCAUUUAGAGGAAAUGUAUUAGUGUAUUACUUGACUCACUGCAGAUUGUAAGCAGAGAGUACAAAAUAUCAGUCAACUUAAAACAAAAUAACUGUAAAUGGUUUUUUUUUUUCUAACAAAUUGUGAAUUUUUUGUUGUCAUUUGUGGUAGCAUGUUGCCAGCACAGCUCUUUUUCCCAUUUCAUGUUUCUUUAAUUAAAUCUAGCUAUCUUGUAAUGGUAAAUGCUGUAUCAAAUAAUUGUAAUGCGGGUAUGGCUUGCGAUCUGUUUUUUCCUCAUGGCACUUAAAAUGGUGGUGGUCUAAAGCUAAUUAUGUGUCUGCUCUGAGCACUGUUUUCAUAAGACUGCGGCAGGUAUUGUCAUGGCAACGCAUCUUUCUCUGUCUUUUUAUUAUUUUUUUCUCCUUUUCUGGACAAUUAUGGAUCCAAUCUCUGUCAUGAACAUAUUUCAUUGGCGCACUUUCAAGGGGUUAGGUUUGAGUGGCUGAAAUUAAAAAUGGAUUUUAGGAAUUGAAUGGCAGCAUUUCUGUGUAUUCGUGGAGAUAUUUUGUAUUCACUACUGGUAGAGUGUCAGUUUUCUGGUAGAAUUUCAUUGUUUGGUCAAACGUAGCAAUUUGGGGAUUAUUGUUUGAAUUCCUGACUGAAUCCAAGUCGGCCACAAGAGGUAGAAUUUUCCAAAUAUCUCCCUGUUUUUUGCAUGGUUGUUUUCACCUUUUCACAUUUCACAUUGUCCGUCGUUUGGUUUCAUUUCUUCAUGUCAAAGAGCAGGGUUUACACUGGAUUGAAAAUCAUGAAUACAGAGGAUAUUUUUGGGGUUGGCAACAAAGCAGUUACAUCAAACAGUAUCCAAAUUGUUAGAUAUAUAUCAGAAAUAUCCCAAUGAAAAACCUAAAUCUAGUUCUCGUCAAAUAAUCAAAUCAAUACAAGCGUUUGGGUGUUUUACCCAUACACCAAUGUGUGUUUGCACUGUGCUCUGUGGGAAAAAAUCACAGGCAUAUUUCUGGGGUGGGAUUCGAACCCACAACCAUGUCAUUACACACUUUACAGUUGAUUCAUAAAGUCGGCCACCCAGUUCUUGUCAAAUGACUUUUGUCUUUUCUCUCCACUUGCAUGGUUUCGUUUUCGUUUCGUUUUAAUAUCAUUUCUGUACUUCAGCCAGAAGUUUGAUGCAAAUACUCUCCUUUGUCUCACAUACUAUAAUGGUUGUAUGAUGAUGUAUAAUUUAUUCUCCCGUACUAACCAAUUUGUUUUUGUUCCUAACAAGAUUACAAUAAUGACCCCAGCACAAGUUUUUCCACCCACAAACACGAUUUGUUGUUAUCUUGUUAUCGUUGAAUCCUUUUUGUUGUGAUGUUUCCAAAACCAUGCUUCCAAAAUGUAUUAUGAAAACACCAGACUAGAUACAGUGGGGAUUCCAGGGUCUGAAAUAUAGUUCUGCACAUUGUUUGAAUUCAAAGAACAGGAAAAAAGCUCAUUGGAUCCUUAGAGACAAUUUGUUUGAAGUCUGGUACCUAGACCUUUCAAAAGAAUUACUUUAAUAUUUUUGAAUGUACACUAUUUGUGAGGUUUUCCAAUAACUUUCACUGAUACCAGUGAGCAGGUGUUUUCACAGAAGAAUUCCACCAAGCAAUUGCGUCAUAUUUGAAUCUCAAAUUGCUUUCUUAACAUCCAGAGACAUCGCUCACAUUAGAUUCACAAAUAUGCUCUAACAAUGUUGCUAUACUUUGGUUUUGAUAACUGAUGUAUGACCGAUAUGAUAGAUAUUCACAUGGUGAUAAUGCAAAUCUCUCUUAGUUAGUAAUACCUGUGGCAGUUGAAAUGAAGCUGCCGUGUUUAUUUUGAUCCAAUGAUACCCAUAGCCUUUGUCAGUGUUGGGCCAAUGUUGCCAGAGGGAAAGGAAACCGUUGAUUAUGGCUUAUGGCUUACUCUCAAAUGGAAGCCCUGAUUUAUUCAGAAUGUCCAAGAUGUUGUAAUGUUACAUGUACAGCCGAGAUGAUAAGAAAACACUUGAGUUGAUUUCAAGCUCACAAGAACUAAUAAUUAACUAGUCACCUUGCAUAAAUUAAUCCACAUGUUUGACAAAGCCGUUCCUCCUACUAAUGCUUGUUGUGUGAUGGAUUGCUCACUCCUGAUUAUGUAUUUCUCUUUUCUCCCUCUACCUCCCCCACAAAUCGCUAACCAACACCACCUCCUCCUCUUUCUUUGUUGAUGUCCCGCCCCUCAUCACCAACCCCCAAACAGGCUGAUAGCAACAAAGAUCGCAUUGGGAUCGCUAACAAGCGUGCUGAGACCAUACUGAAUAAGUGAUGCGCUUGAAAACAAAGUGCCCCAUCCCUGCGCCAUGUGUGUGUGUGUAUGUUUCAACCUGUGUCUGCCCACCUGCAAAACAAAAACCAAAAAUAUACCUAAUACCUGUCAUGAGUUGUGCACUUGAGUGUCACCUUUGACCUGUUCUCCCAUUGGUUGGUUUGUUGUUUAUCUUUAACCCCAUUGGUUGAUUGCUGAGUUUGUUCAUCACAGGGGUGCUUGGGUAUAUUAAUGGGAUGGUGUUCAAAUGAAUCACAACCACGUAUCACAAAAAAGCACCUCUUCUCAAUUGGUGAAGUGACAAUGCCAUUCAUGUAUGUUCGUUGAGUUAACACAAUUGAUGUUACACCAUCCACAAAAUGUUUCAAACAAUUUGAACUGACUACACUACUGCUUAACAUCCACCGUAUAAUUAACAUCUGCCAUAAAUGACAUCCAUCUUAUUCGACAUUCCACCGUUUGAAAGGUAAAAUUGACACAAAAGUUAUUAACAUAAUGCAAGGGUUUGGGAUCACUGGAGAUGUUACAGUUUUCUGGCCAAUUUGAAAGUCUCCAGAAAUAAAACGUUCAUAAAGGGAUCUUUAAAUUGGCAUUAGAAGUAAUUUUGAAAACUGAGACAUUCAUCCCAUGUACAGGAAUAACUGCUAUAUAAUUGUGUGUUUUUUAAAGUAUUACUGUUUCAUCAUCAUUUUAAACUGACAAGUACUUCAACUCACUUUACAAUUUUGAACAUAUCACAUUCUGUAGUAAAAUGUAGAUUUGUUACAACUAUUUAUUUCUAUAAACUUAAAGAGUUGUGCUCGCUGGUCCAUGCUACCACUUUUAUUCUUACUGACAAAAAGGCUGCUUCACUAGAUUAAUUGAUAUUUCAUAUAAAAUGUGGAACACUGUACCCUGUUUCUUAUAUUAGGUAUUUUAGAUUAUUACUGCAUCCAAUUAAAGCCAAUAGGUAACCCUUGAUAAGGCAACACUUGUUGAGUCACUGGGACAUUAGCCCCGUUCACACAAGACCAAUUUAUCAAGGGUUCCUUGCUAAAUUGUAGCAAGAUUGUACAAUUUUACAAAAUGUACCUCAUGUGAAAAGACAACAAUUUGUGAACUGUCCAAGGUCCCUUGUAAAAUCUUGACCAACAUUGCUUCAUUUUGUCCGGGGUCCGGACCCACGUAAAAAUCUUCCGCAAAUGGAAGUUUUGACGAAGGACGUGCGCAAAAUCAUCGUGUGAAUGAUAGACUAUCCGUAUCCACAAUCAGAGAUGGAACCUAUGGGAAAUUUUAGUCUCAACAGAUUUUCUUACCCAUCCUCUUUUGAAGUUUUAUAAAUGGUUUCAAAAAUAUAAGAACAAGAAUAAAAUGAAUGAUGAACUCAGAUUAAGAAAAUAUGGAGUAUUUCUUGGCUGGGUUGAAAUGGCUGAUAGAACGCUCAAACCAAGUCUCCACAGAAUUGCUUUUAGGGAGAGCACUGGGUCAAAAUGACAGUUGAGAGUACCUGAGAUACAAUUCCGCGUACCUGGACACUCACACAACCCAGAUGUGAUGAAAGAUAUUCUGUCUGUCGUACAGGAGAAAACCUGUUUUUAUUAUAACGAGUUGUGGUUUUUUUAUACAUCGAGUCACGAUUUGCCAGUUAGCCUAUUUGUUUACGCUUUAUGAUCACUCACUCAGAGUUGUACGAAGAACGUCGAGACAGCUACAUCUUGGCAGCUUAAUAGCGCAAAACCAGACCAGUUUGGCUCCCCGCUCUCCAAUGGUAAUUGAAUUACAGCUAAGAGUCUGCAACCAGACAGUUGGGAUCGUAGUGCUGUGUAGCCAUGUGUGUAAUACACAUACACAUGUGCAAGUUUCCAAAAGACUGGUGAGGGGGGGGGGGUCAAUGUCUAUGCGCGAUGUACCAGUACAUUACACUGUUUACAACAACAUUAAAACCCUGAGUAAUUUGCAACCGCUCAAAAGGAUACAAAGGUUGUACACAAAUGUUUUUUAUGGGACAGAUGAUGGUUACCAAUAGCAUCCAGUCAUCCGCGAUACUUACACUGUACCUGUGCUUAUAUCAAUAAAAAUUCUGAACCAAAAUUUUUAAAACACAAUUUGUUCAAUUGAAAAUGCUGAACAAGGUGUAAGGAAACAAUUUUUGUUAACACCAUUAUUAAGUUGAAUGUAUAGAUGUUUACAUAAACUAUGUCUGUUUUUACAUGUACAACAGACUUCACCCCGUGUUAAGGCACAGUCUCAGCACUCGCAACACAAUGAACAUUCUAAGACUGCAAUUAUAAUGGGCUUUUACACAGCAUCCUUCUAUCAACAGCGUAGCGUGUUGAGCAUGAUGACAUUGUGGCCCCCCAGCUGCAGUGUAUUUGCAUAGCCAACUGACCCGGUUUUUUUUUUUGAUCUGCCAAGACUGCUGCCAUCUACUGUGGAUAUCUUUCGCAACUCUUAAAGAUUGCCUCUAAAAGGAAAUUAAAAGGUGGCGGUCAUAAAAAAAAACUUCGCUCCACAGCAAAGGAGCUGGGGUUUGUUCCCGGUGGAUUUAUCUUUUGUUUGAACUCAGAAAUGAUUCAAGCACAAAUGAUUUGUCACAUUUGUGAGGGUUGGUGUCCGUUUGCGAAUGCGGCCAGAGAUGUGGUUGAUACCUCCGUUACCUCGCUGAACUUAGAUGGAUUUGAUGUUCUUGUAAAAACACCAGGACAGUUGAUACUGUUUUCUCAGAAGGGGACACUGUCACAGGUGACUUCAAUUGUAGAUUGGAUUACAAUAGUGCCAAUUUGAGACAAUCCGCUUUCCUAGUCUAUGACCCUUACUUUUAAAAGGAAAACUUAGCUGACUUAAAAAAUGUCAUCAAAAAAAUACCUUCCUUUGCUGUGUCAAAAUAUUUGCACCAAUUGAUGGAUUCGCAAGAGGAAGUGUCCAUUGAGAAUUAUUUAUAGAAUUGGCACAACAAUUGAGACAACUGUUUUCGGAAAAGUAGAGCAAUCUUUUUAUAUCCACCCAGGGUCCCCUACUAACCAAGUAGGUCAAGCCAAGGCCGACUCUCCAGGUAGUUUUCUUUACAUGGUCUCGCAUUGCCGAUCUCUUUUGAUGAGCAUCAAUUUGCCACGUUUAUUACACAAUGAGCGGAAUUAAUGCAGACGGACCCUCCUGUUGGCACACGCUUCAAUACGUGCUACAGUGUUGGUUGUUAUUAUCCAGGAAUUAAAUUGAUGAUUCUUGAUGGAGAAGUUUGCAUGAAGUGAUGGUAACGGUUGUACAAUACACCAAAUGGCCGCAGCAAUCUUGUUUAACAUUAUGAACUUGCUUAUUAGCAAGGAAAAUAUUAGCAUUUUACUUGUACAAAUUUCAGGUCUUACAAAUGAUCCCUCCCCCCCCCAAAAAAAAAAAAAAACACAACAACAACAACAACAACAACAACAACAACAACAACAACAACACCUUGCACCUACUACACACCCUCCAGUGAAGUUUUUACCUGUUGUUUAUUUUUUGAAAGGAAUAGGCUCAUUCCAAAAACCAACAUGGCACCCUCUGUACAACUGUUUCAAUGCAUAUUGAAAUACUAAUGGCAUUGCUCUCAGGAAGAUGAGCCAUCAGCAUUUGGUUUUGCAAAAAAAAACGUUUCUAUU